GUUUGGUGUCAGUGUUGGGCAAUGCUCUCUGUGUGCAUCCCCACACACACAGCCUCGCUCUCUCCCCCACCACUGCCAGAGUUUGAUGAGAAGCCUCAGGACGUGACGGUCAUGGAGGGGGAGCGCACUGGGUUCCCGUGUGCCCUGGACACCAUGCCGGCGCCCUCCAUCAAGGGGUUCAGGAACAGUCACCCGCUGAAGCCAGACUCACGAAUGACACGCCUUCCAUCUGGUGCCUUAGAAAUAGAGAAUGUAGCCAUGCCGGGGAGUAUUGCUGCCAAGCCAACAAGAGCAAGGUGUCCCAGCAAGCCACACUCACAGUCAAGGAAGCCUACGCCCUGCGGGACCCCCAGCGGCCCGUGCUCACUGCUCAGCCAAAGUCCACGAUAGGCAAGGUGGGGGACAAGAUCACCGUGGACUGUGCGGCCAACGGCUACCCGGAGCCAGCCAUGGUGUGGCUCAAGGACGGCGCCACCAUCCACAUGGCGUAAGGACCUGCAAAGCGUUCCGUUGAUGAUGAAAGGGAAUUUGGGAGAUGACUGAGAGGGUCAUUUUGAUGUGUCUUGAGAGCUUGGAUAACAGUGACUGAGGGAGAGGUUUCAGAAUCAAAUAAAUAUAUACCCAUUCCUUUUUUUUUUAGUUUGUGUGUGUGUUGCAGUUAUUGCUGUAUAUGAGGUAAGUGUUGCAGCAGGCUUAUUGUAAUGGACUGCUUUUGUUGGUAUUUUUUUUCCCUC